AGCGGCCCAGCCCCGGUCGGGCCCUCCUGGCAUCCCCCCCCCCCCCCAAGGCGUGGCGUUGGCCAGGGAUGACGCCGCUGGUGCGCGGCAAUGCCGUUAUGCGGGGCGCUGGUGCGGGGGCGCUGGUGCACGCCGACGUGCCGCUGAGCUUCUGGGGCGGCGUCGACCCCGCCACGGGCGAGGUGAUCGACCGCCACCACCCGCUCAGCGGGACCCGGCUGUGCGGGAAGGUGCUGGCCAUCCCCGGCAGCCGCGGCUCGUGCACGGGCAGCAUGGUGCUGCUGGAGCUGCUGCUGGGCGGGCGCGCGCCCGCGGCGGUGCUGCUGCGCCGCUCAGACGAGGUCAUCGCCCUCGGCGCCAUCGUGGCAGAGGACAUCGAGAUGUUCGGGCUCACUCUGCCGGUGGUUGCGCUCGGAGACGAUUUCGACGAAGCCGCCAAUGCCGUCGCCGCCUGCGUGGAUGGGGACACGGUCCGUUUGUUCUCCUACAUGGUAGAAGGUGCCCAGGGCGCGCGCGGUGCGGGCGCCGCCCCGGGCGAGGCUGCCGAGGCCGGCCUGGGAGGUCCUUCGUCCCCCCUGGCUGGCCUCGUCCACAGGCCUGGCCCUCUCCGAGCUCGACCGCGCCAUGGCGGCGGGCCUCCACGGCCCCGCGGCG